AUGGCUGAGCAGAUACAAGCAGUUCAAGUUGGUGUCAGUGGUACUGCAAUGUCUUCGUCUGUUUCUUCUAUGUUUGUGAAGUGCACUGCUACUGGAAACCUUUAUUUGAUGAGCGAGAACUUGGUUAUAAAUGACAAAAUGCAGGAAUCGCCUUGCAAGCACUUGUAUCACCCUCUCUGUUUGAUUCCAUGGAUGGAAAAACAUAACACAUGCCCAGUUUGCAGACAUGAACUUCCUACAGAUAAUCAAGCGUAUGAGAGCUGGAAAGAGAGUGAGAAAGAGGCUGAAAAAGCGUAA